CGCGUCCGCCCAGCCCCAGCUUGCCCCAGCUUGGUACCUGUACAUCGUUUCAUUGAAUCAUCGAUUGUUUACUACAUAUUCACACACCGCCAGACAGAGCGCUUCAAUCAUGGCGACUACACAACCUGCUCCAGCAGCCGUCCAGCACCAGCAGCAACCGCAGCUGCCUACUGCAUCAUCUCCCUCCACCGCCGCACUCGACAAUCUCCAAGCUAUGAUAAACGGCGUGUUGAUUCAAAGCGGCCACUUCCUCAAAGAUCAAGCCAACGGUGGCCACUCCUCCCGCACGCGAAUCGCCCUGCGCCGCGCCGUUCCCGCUGCCAUCUCGCGUUUCCACCAGUCCCUCGACGACCUGCAGCUCGAGGUCAACCAAGCCCAAAUGGUUCUGAGGCGGGAUCUCGCAUUGCUGCGGGCAGAGCGCGAGAAGCGGGAGCGCGCAGAGGCGGAUCGCGCGCGGCUCGCCGCAGCGUCGUCAAUGAAGACGACGUCGUCUGAGCAGCCAUCGGCGCAAGCACAACAGACGCCUGCUACUAUCAAGGCACAGAACGUCACUUCAAAGACUGAAACACCACAGCCAGAGAGUAAGCCAUCAGUUAUAAAGCAAGAGCAGAAGGCUUUGCCGCCCAACUCCACGUCCCCCGCCCCUCCCUCAGGCCCCGUCUUCGACACCGCACCAGCACCCGGCACAGCGCAAGACAGCGAAUUCGACUUCGACGCCAUGUUCGGCGAUAGCCUGGGCGACACCGCAGCAGGGCCAGACAAUGCGAACAACAACGGUGCCUCAGGCGGAGACCUCGGUUUCAAUCUCACCGACGACUCCGGUGGCUCCCUUUUACGCGGUCUGGAGGACUUUGCAAAGAGCGGCGAUGAUGCUGCUACUGCAAAUAGUGUUGCUGGGAACGCAGACCAGGCACACAGCGCAAAUAAUCUAGACCUGGGUUUCUCUAUGCCGGAUUUACCGGAACUCUCCUCAUCGAACCAGCCGGCGAAUCAGCCUCCACAACAACAAACUGGCGGGAAGCCCGAAGACUCAGCUUCGGCGAAUCAGCAAGAGCAGUCGCGGAGUACGAAUGAUGGUGACGUGGUCAUGGAAACGGAUAAUUUGGAUGAUCUGUUCAAUCUGGAUUAUGAGCCGAAUCCAGAGACUACCGAGUUUGACGAUGCGUUCUUUGGGUACGGGGAGAAUUGAGAGGAGGUCCUUUCGCUCGGGUACGAAUGAUAUGUUUGGGCAUGGAGUUUUGCACAAGGGCUUUUCCCUCCACCUUGGAGGAGAGGAGGAAUGGCGUUAGAGGGGCUAUAUACCCAGGAUACAGUACUGCAUUAGUUUAACUACCAACCUUUCUUGAAUGAGUCUACGAUACCACUAAUAUAAAGCCGAAGGAAUGCAAAGCAAGCUUCUAGUACAGAACACGCAUUAUGCCCAGAAGACAGU